UCCAGAUCUGCUGCAGAGGCAGCAACGGGGACGUGCGAUCUUGGAAAGUCAGCUUCUUGCUCUGAGUUUCUUAGAGGCAGCAAGGAGCAUAGGAUGAGUGGCAGAGGGUGGCACAUAUGUAACAAUUAAUCACUCCUUAUCACAACCUUUAGCUGGGAACUGGAUCUCUCAAAAGAGCAGCCAGCAAGUUGGGGCAGAGGAGGUGGUCUGUUUACCUGUGCCACGUGUUUAAAGGGAUUUGCUGUCACUUCAGGAGGCAAAAGUUUAGAAAGAGAAAAAAAAAACCUUUAAAAAAAAAAACAAAAAAAACAACUUAAUAUGGCAUUUUUUGACCAGGGAUUUACUUUCUAAAUUUGGACUUUUUUUUUUCUAAUGCUGGAAUGUCAAUGGAGAAUAAAGUAGAAGAUAACCAAUUUAGAAUGUCGAUCCUGGAACGUCUGGAGCAGAUGGAAAGAAGAAUGGCUGAGAUGACCAGCUCUCAACAGCAUAAGCAGAAUUUAGGCGGAGGCAACGUAGGGGGAGUGAAUAGCGGAGGGAACCAAUCACAGUGCACUGCUGGUGUCGGGUCUAUAGGAAGUUGUUUUGAAAGCCGCGUAGUCGUUGUGUGUGAAAAGAUGAUGAGCCGGGCUUGCUGGGCACAAUCCAAACACCUGAUCCAUUCAAAGACUUUCAGAGGAAUGACUCUUCUGCACCUAGCUGCGGCCCAGGGAUACGCCACGCUCAUCCAAACCCUCAUCAAAUGGAGAACAAAACAUGCUGACAGUAUUGAUCUGGAAUUAGAAGUUGAUCCUUUAAAUGUAGAUCAUUUUUCAUGUACUCCUCUGAUGUGGGCAUGUGCACUUGGCCACACCGAGGCUGCGGUUGUGCUGUAUAAGUGGGACAGGCGCGCUAUCUCCAUCCCUGACUCACUUGGCAGGCUUCCUCUCUCAAUAGCACGUUCUCGCGGACAUGUGAAAUUAGCUGAGUGUCUUGAACAAUUACAGAGGGAAGAGCAAGCACAGUUGGCUCAAAAUUCUAGGAUACAAUGUUCUCAAAGUGGAGAAGCCAAUGCUGACAGUUGGUUAAAUCAGUGGCAUAGUGAUACGAUCAACUCUCAAGAAUCCCAGAAGGGGGUAACAAUUAUUUCAAAUACUAACACAGAGUUAAGAAGACCAAGAUCGGAACCCUCAAGUUACUACAGUAGUGAAAACCCAAAAGAUUACCCAGCUCCCAAAAAACACAAACUAAAUCCUGAGUAUUUUCAGGUUAGACAGGAAAAGUUAAUUUCCACAGCCUUGAGCCUAGAACAGCCCUCGUCCCGAAAGCAAAGCUUAAAUACCAAGCAAUCUCUUCCUGAAACCCUUCCCCAUAGUGAGGACAUUCGCAACUUUACCAGGGAUCUCCCUCAUCAUACGUCUGACACUUCUGGGUACAGAACCCCAACAGCAUUGAAAUGGAACCCAAAAGAUCUUUAUCUAGGAGUGUCUGCGGUGCAGCUAUCAGGAAAUACAAAGUCACCUGGUUUGGGAAAGGACAUUGGUGGCCAUAGGUUGCGCCAAAGGGAACCAAUGAAUGUGUUAAUGAUGUCCGAAAGAGAAAUGGUCAAUGCUGAAAUAUUAUCUUAUAGAGAAAACAUAGAGAACGAGGACUGUAUGCAGCAUAUGGAUGAUCUUCAGGUAAAUAUGAUGAAUCUGGCAGAACAGAUUAUCGAGGCAACGCCUGAAAGAAUCAAGCGGGAAAAUUUUGUACCCAUGGAGCCUCCUUUGGCAGAGCGGGGCGACACUGCAGCAUUCAGCACCACUAUGAGCUGGCUGGCCAGUUAUCUUGCUGAUGUUGACCACUUACCUACUGCUGCUCAGAUACGGUCUAUGUACAAUGAACCCUUGACUCCUUCUUCUAACACCAGCUUAAGUCCUGUGUGCUCUCCUAUAAACGAAGCAGCAUUUGAAAAACCCAGUCUACCAUCUGCGGCUGAUUGGUCAGAAUUUCUCAGCGCAUCCACCAAUGAAAAAGUUGAAAAUGAAUUUGCCCAGCUGACCCUUUCGGAUCAUGAGCAACGAGAGUUAUAUGAGGCUGCAAAACUUGUCCAGACGGUAUUUAGGAAAUACAAGGGUCGUCCGUUGAGGGAACAGCAGGAAGUAGCUUCAGCCGUGAUUCAACGUUGUUACCGAAAAUACAAACAGUAUGCACUUUAUAAAAAGAUGACACAAGCUGCAAUCCUCAUCCAGAGCAAAUUUCGAAGUUAUUAUGAACAAAAGAAAUUCCAGCAGAGCCGGCGUGCUGCAGUGCUUAUCCAACAAUACUACAGAAGUUAUAAAGAAUGUGGAAAAAUAAGGCAAAAGCGUCGGACCGCCGCUUCUUUUGUUCAGCAGAAACUGAGAAGCAGUCUGUUAACGAAGAAGCAAGACCAAGCUGCUCGUAAGAUAAUGAGGUUUUUACGUCGCUGCCGUCACAGCCCACUGUUGGACCAUAAGCUGUACAAAAGGGGUCUGAAUGUGUUUGGAGCAAACAUUUAUGUUUUAAAUUGCAGAACGAAUGAUGAGAGUGGCCAUUCUUAUUGGGUCUCUCUAUCUUUUUUACUUUACAUUCCUAAUGAAAUUUCUGGAAAAUGGAAAGAUAUCAAAUUUCCCAAAUUCCCCACACGCCCUAUCAGCUCUAAGAGCAACAGAGUGAAAGAAUUGAAAAAGGCCAAGGAACUUGAACGUAUACAACAACAUCCCUUAGCAAUGUGACAGCGCUUUUUGGACUGUUUUCAUUUUCUGUUUUUAGCAGAGACAUGCAACAAAAUAUUAAUAAUAAAUAAUAAAAAAAAAAAAGCUGCCGUUUUCGAGAGAGAAUAUGCAGAAUUUUAACAGUAAUCUUUUGGUCAUUGCAUUUGCACUUUCAUGAACAACUUUUGCUUUGUUCAGCAAGAAAUCUUGGAAUUUACUCUUCUGUUGAAUCAUGGGAAACAAAAUGGCGCCGGGAGUAGUUUGAAAGUAGCUCCAAUAUCUGAGGUGGGAGCUGUGUGAUUCACAUAGGGCUGAAUUCAAACAACGUGUGGAACUGUACAAAUAUUAUACCAAAAAAAAAAAAUUAUUGAGGAAAGGUGGAAAUGCACAAGCAACAUAUGAAUGCUAAACCCUGAGUUGUCAGUCAUGAAGGGGCCCAUUGAACAUGUAACAUCAUGAAGAAAUGGAGGGUUUGGAUCGUACCUUGAAAACCUAUCUAUGCUUUUAUCUUCAAUUGUGUAUUUUACAGAUAUCUCCAGUGCUGAAAUGAUAAAUUUCAUUCAUGCCAUAUGCAGUGUAUAUUCAUAUAUUAAUAGAUAUCUAAACCUUUAGAAGAUGACUAAAAAAAAAAAGUGUUUAAUACGCCUGCAAAUCGUCCUAGGCCAGUCAUUUCCAUGUGUGCCAUUUUAUGUAUUUUAGGAAAUGUUGAAUAUGAUCACUUGAAGAACAUACAAAUAUUAAUCUAAAAAUAUCUUCUUUACUGAUACAAUUUCUUUAAAAAUAUUCUGAUGCAGAACAAAUUCCCCAGUAAUGAGUAAUGUCUACGGAAGUAUCUAUGCAUAUGUACAUUUUAGUGUCAAGGUUUAGAAUCCACUGUGUGAAUGUUUUCAAACACAGAAGCAGUAAAACUAAGGAAAAUGGCAUUUAAAAAAUAUUAGUAUUUUUCAAGAAUCAGUUUAAGUUCAAUUACACAUAAAAUAUACUUAGCUUAUGAAAAGUAUUGCGUACUGUAUAAUCAUUAUUAUGCACUGUAUACUAAGUAUUCUGAUACACUUUGAGUAUAUUAACAGCAUAAACCACUGCCCCGUCCUUUAUUAGGGAUUAUUAAGAGUGAAUUUAAGGUGUUCGACUCUAGUAGCAUUAUUGAAGUCUAUAAAAUCGAAAGCUAUAGAUGACUAGAUGUCUGUGCUUUUUCUUAUGAUUAAAUGGCACAUUAAAAAUUGUAUCUUGAAGAUAUAAAACAUAACCGUCAAGAUGGCUUGGCUCUAAAAUUUAUUUUUUCACUUUCCCCUAAUAUUUCUUUGUCAUUAAUAAUUUAUUAAUCAUGAGUGUAUUCUUGUAGUUCUUAGCUUCAGUGUCUAUAAUCAUAGCUAACCAAAAUAUUUAACCCAAAAGGGUUGUUGCAUUUACCUUGCCUGAACAUUUGGUCACCUAUGAAUCAAUAUGGUGCUGCGUGCUGGCCAGUUAAUAGUAUAUUUGGGCUAUCUCAUCACAAAACUGAGCAAAUGUAUAUAGAAGAUAGUAAAUGAAAGUAAAAGAAUAUUCUUGAAUAAAAUAUUUUAUUUGGAUGCGGGUCAAUAACUUGGCUGGAGACAAUUAAUAUUUGUAUAGUUUGUUGGAAUUUAAUAGGAAAAGUGUGGGUGUAUUGUUUGUACAUAAUGUAUAUAUUAAAAAAAAAAGAGAUAUGUGCAUGAAAUUAAGAACACAAAAGAAAUGAAACAGCGAAGCAUUAGUGGCUAUGGUCUGUAAAAUUUAAACAAAAACUUUAUUUCACUAUAAAGGUACUUUAUUUUAAAUGCUUUUUAGAAAAGCAUUUGCUAAAGCAUGAUUAAACUGCAAAAAAAAAAAAAGAAAAAAAAGGAAAAAAAAGAGCUACUGUAUUUAGACUUAGGAUAAAAAAAAGCUGAGUAACAUUACUAAAACGAUAUGUUUACAUUUGAUUUUUUGGCUACCAAAAAUUAUUUCAUUUGACUUUUCUUUGCCAAUGGUGCCAAGUAAUGUGAAUGCUAUAUUGCUUAAAAAAUUAAGUUAUAAUUGCAAAAACAGAUUAUUCAUUACAAAAGAAUAAUAUAUAUCUUAACAUCAUACACUCACUCCAGUACAAAAAAAUGUAGAAUGACAUUGAAUAGAAAAUAAAAAUAAUAAUAAUAAAAAAAAUCAAAUAGUCUGAGAGUAUAGUCUGAGAGUAGAAAAUGUUUCACAUUUUCAUAUCUGUUUGCUGGAAGGCAGAACAUGUAAUAUAUUAAAUGCACACACAAAUUUAAAUGUAAAAGGUGGUCUUGUAGGGACCUCAUGAUAUAUAGUUAUUUCCACACAGAAACAAGCCAAAGUGAUUGGAUAAUUUGAAUAAAAAGGUAAACGGAUUUGUGUGGUACAGUAUUAGCAGUUGUAGGCGCUAAUUUGAUUAUAUUUCGUUUGCUGAUUGACAAACGGUAGAGAGGAUGGUACUGUUUAAGGCUGAUUAGCCUUUUUUUUCCCUACUGAAGCAGUUUUUACUGUAUACUUUUUUAUACCAAGAAGUAAAUUGUAAAGCUUACACAAUGUGCAUAUGUAAGAAACUUUUAACCAGGUUGUUAAAGAUGAAGGUUUGAAAAUGAAGCUCAAAAUAAAUACUGAGGUCAGUACUCUUGUUGUCUUUUUUUAAAACUGUUCAUUUCCUUUCACAUGAUAUGUACAGAUAGGAAGAGAACACUGAUGUAUAUGUUAUAUACUGCUCAUCGGAUCACGCACAACGCACCAUUAUGAAUAGUCUGUACAUUUAAAUACUAGUUAUAUACUGCUCUUUUUUGAUGGAACAUUGACUGUUCCAAGAAGAAUGUAUUUUAUUAUGUAUUCAUGAGGAGUAGAAAGUUAAACUUAUCAAACGCCUUUUUAAAAAUAAAUGACACUGUUCUUAUGUAUUAACAUUAGGAAAAAAAAAACUUUUGGAAUUUUGUUAACUGCAAAUGUAAAUUUAUAUUCCAUUUUUUCAUGAAGAAUGUACCUAUUUCUCACACUUGCAAGAGUACUGGUCUCAGAAUUAAUUAUGUUUCCUCUGUAUAUUUGUACUAAAGGUUUAUGUUGUGCAGUAUGUUGAUAUGUUAUCAGAUUCAGUAACAUGCAGGGCCUUUCCAAGUUGCUGUACCAACUUCAAAUAGCAGUCAUGGAGCAAGUUAAAGUAUAUUCAAUGCAUUGAAUUUUUCAGACAAAUAACAUCUGAUAAAGCUAACUUCUUUUAUAGAAAUUUCCUUGGCUGUGAAUCUUGGAUAUGAAUGUAAGCAAACAGUUUACUUGGAUGGGAUUACGUGACAUUUCCCAAGUGCCAGGAGUCUGUCAUAAAAUGUAACUGUUAAACUUAUCCUGUCUUUCAGCAUUUUAUUUUUGCUUAAAAUGUGAACAUUAAAAAAAAUAAAAAAAUCAUCUGUACUGUGUGAAAGAAAUAAAGAAUAUAACGUGAAUUCCCUACACGGUUGCACGCUUACAGCAGUUCCACACAGUAGUUGGCGCCAACGGGGGUUCCCUAGGCUUGCAUGUAAAGCUAGUAUAGAUGUCUCUUUUUUGUAAGUUUUAUUUUUGUAAUUGUGCAUGUAAAAACAUCACUAAAAUCAAUGGAUCUGUUGAAGAAAUCAGCUGCUGGAAUCAUGCAAAAUGUUUUGAAUUUACCCUUAAAAUAUGGAAAAUGUUUUCUGAAUGCUUUAUAUUCUUGCUGCUGUAAAAUAAAAUGAAUUAAAUUUCCCCAUA